UCCCGCAUCUGUAUUUCCUUAAAAGUAUGCUAAAGCGUAGGCUAAACCAGACAACUGACACGUACUGGGCUCACUCAAACUUCGCAACAAUGGUUAUUAGUGGACCACUGCAGCAUGCUCAGGAAAGUGGGUUUGCUGGCUACUCAGCAGAUAUGCAGCACAGCAUUAGGACUGAUCAUUACCCUGAGAAAACAUCACUUCAAGCUGAGAGCAACAGCUUUGUAAGGCCUAUCCCUAGCAAAACGCAGAGAAUAAGCGAACUCAACAGCUACAGGACACCAGGAGUGCCUGUUACUUGUGCUAAUCUACCCGUGCAAGUGCCUGAGGAUCAUCAAGUUAUCUCUGGUCAUGUUAAGAAGAAAGGUCAAGUGGAUGAUUUCUCCACUCCUGGGACUGACCAGAGACCCACCCGCCCAGGUGGUGUCUCUACAGUGGUGAAGAAAAUGCAAGAGUCUUCAGGGGAUCACCAAUCCGAAAUGGGGGUGUUAGCAGCACCCCACCUUGAUACCCCUCUGAUGGAACCUCACAUGAGCAUAUCCAUGUCCGCCUUUGAACCAGAGACCAACCCUGGAAAAGAUGCUGAGGCAGUGCCUACCCGACCAUCAUACAAUGAGGCUCUGGAUCUUGCUCUGGUUCCAAAGAAAAGCCCAGCAAUAAUGGAUGGUGCAACAGGGUACAAGAGAGAGGCUACAAGAGAGAAGAUUGCUACCUACAAAAGAGAUGAAGAGUCCCCAAAUCUUAAAUCUAACAUGGCUCAAGGUCAGGUGGAAGGCCUCCCUGACCUUGAGGAAGGCCUCCCUCUUCCUGUCACCCAAGGACUUCUUGUCACCAAGUGUGUGAGUGAACAAGCUCCUCGUCAACGAAAGAAAACAACCUUUUACAGAAGAAGAGGGGCUGGGAUGGAGCAUGUGAAAUAUACUGUGUUUCUUCAGUUCUUAAUCAUCAGUGCACUAAUUCAAGACUCUGAUGGAAGCUGUUCAGCCUGCAAUCAAGACGGAUGUGCAAAAGUGCAGACAAUAUAUGGAUCGAAUGACACCAUAUUGUAUCAGAGAAGUAACCACAUGGAAAAGCUCACAAGUUGUUCCACCACCGCUGCACCACCGCCUCCGAGUCAGAGAUGCAAUUUAUGUCUUGCUGAUACCGGAGCUACGAUCCUCUUUUGCUCAGACAGCGGGGAAGCAGCUGGGCUGCUCGACUGGGAGGUUGAUGGCAUCCGAUUGAAAAACAUCUCUGUGGUUGACUGCCCAGCCAUGAAGACUGUUCCUGGUGCAACAGGUAAACAUCUACUAAAACACUGA